AUGGGAGUUCUUGCUCUUUUAUCCAUAAUAGCUGUCAUUCAGCUAUGUAGAUGUGGAGAUGACAAAGAUGGAUUUGGGGGGGUAGAUUCUACGGAGCCUUCAACCUUCACAAAUCAGUCCUCUAAUCACAAUCUUCAAGGCGGUGCAUCUUCUCAACUUGGAGCCGCAGAAGAGGACGUAUGUCAAGCCAUAGGACCAAAGGAAAACCCCAGAGAAGAUGUUCCUCUUAUGCAUGGUCCAUCAAAUGGUCAUACCAUUAACUUGGCAAUGUCUAAUCCAUUAAUAUUCCAGGAAUUCGACUACGUUUACAACCACAUUCCAAUUAGGCUUAUUGUCCCAAACAAGAACGUGAAUGUCACGAAACUGGUGGAUGACAAAAAGACAAUUUGGAUUGCAGAAGAGUGGGACAAGCUUGAAUAUUUGAAAAUUGGUUUAAAGGACAAUAAUCCUAACAUGGUACUUGUUGUGACUAGCAGAUCUUCUGGUCUAAUAUUCAGGCGCUUUGUAAAUACUCUGUUUGGAUGGGGAGAGUGGAAGGAGUUUGGUAGUCAAAUAAGAAAGCUAACACGCCAUGUACCAAAAAUAGAGAACUUUUCUCUAGACAUUUCUCAUAGGGUUACCACAACGGAAUGCACCACCUUUGAGACUAGGCUUGUGGAGAAACCCGUACGACUCCAUUUCCCCAAACCAGGCUAUAAUGCCGCAGAAGUUGUGGAUGGGCAUCUGGGCAUAUGGAAGGCCUGUGGAGAUGAAAUAUGUUUAUCCUGUGACCUAUACUUCGAGAAUAACUCCCCAAAAUUCCUUCUCUUGAACAUUCUGGAAAAGGGUGAAGGCAAGUCAGAGUGGUUUGAAAUGGAGGAUAGGGAAUGGAAAUCAGUGACAGAGGAUAACGUGAACAAUUGGUUCAGAGCAACAGUGAUAUCUGGCGAUAUGGAAGGAUUUGUGGCCAGUUCAGAAAAGCGAGAGUCGCCAUCCUACCUCGAGAGACUCUUCUUACCAUCACCCAGUCAUAGACCUGGAGGACGCGCGAGGGUGCCUUCAGACCCUAGUAGGUAUGAAGAAGACACCAGUAUAAGCCUCUCUGGAAUGUUUUCCGGUUUGUUUUCCUCAAGAAGAUCGAGGAGCCGCUCCUCUGAUGAAGCAAGAUCCAAAAGGUCCAUUGUAAGGAAAUUUUACAGGGGCACUCCCACGGAAGAGGACUAG